GGUGGAGGGGCUGGGGUCGGCGGCGGGAGCCUGCUGGCGUGCACGCCUUCUCUCCUCGGCUCUCGUGCGUCCUGAAACCAGUGACCGCGGCGGCUGCACUGGCGGCCGUGCACGCCCAGCCGCCGCCAGCGGAACGGCCGGCCGACCUCUGCGGAGGGGGAGAAGCGCCUCGCGGCUGCCAGCUCCUCCCCCGGCCCUCCGGGGAAGCCGCGACUUCAGCAAGAUUGGACCCGAGCGCCGGGUGGCACUGCACCCUCUAGCCUUCGUCCCGGGGAGCCUCGAGGGGAGAGGACGCAGGUCGUAGGGGGUUCCCCCCCCCCCACCCCGCCAACCAGGGGAGAGGAAGAAACAACCCCUUGCGAGCUUCCACGCACCAGCUUAUACUCCGGGGAGGGGGCCAAGAGCCAACGGCCGCCAGCACCCGACCACCCUCGCCCCCUCCCCCGCCCCGGGCCCGGAGCUUCCAGCCUGGGUCCGCGACUCCAGGAAGAAGGCGCCGGAGCUCACCUCGCGACGAGACAGCCGCAGUAGGAGGAGGUGGGGGCGAGGAGCCGGGCUGCACUCGUCCGCCGCCCGGGCGGUGGAGCCCCCGGCGGCCAGGCACUGCGCCGGCGGUGGACAUUCGCGCUCGCUCCAGCCCCUGGGGCAGAACUUUCUCGCCCCCCCAUCCCCCGCUUCCUCCCCCCGCAGCCGGACUCCUGCCCCAGCCGGCCGGCCCUUCGGGAGGAGCAGGCGCCGCGGAGACAACUCGGCCGGGGGAGGGGGCCUCCCUUCCCCAGGGCCGGCAUCAUGUCGGCGGCGCAGGUGUCCUCGUCUCGGAGACAGUCUUGCUACCUGUGCGACCUGCCCCGCAUGCCCUGGGCCAUGAUCUGGGACUUUUCGGAACCCGUAUGCCGCGGUUGCGUCAACUACGAGGGCGCCGAUCGCAUCGAGUUUGUGAUUGAGACAGCGCGCCAACUGAAACGGGCGCACGGCUGCUUCCAGGACGGCCGCUCCCCCGGGCCGCCGCCUCCCGUCGGGGUCAAGACGGUGGCCCUGUCGGCUAAGGAGGCGGCGGCGGCGGCGGCCGCGGCCGCCGCGCAGCAGCAGCAGCAGCAGCAGCAGCAGCAGCAGCUCAACCACGUCGAUGGUUCCAGCAAGCCUGCGGUGCUGGCGGCCCCGUCCGGCCUGGAGCGCUACGGCCUGAGCGCGGCCGCCGCGGCCGCGGUGGAACAGCGCAGCCGCUUCGAGUACCCGCCACCGCCCGUGAGCCUGGGGAGCAGCAGCCACGCCGCGCGGCUGCCCAACGGCCUGGGGGGCCCCAACGGCUUCCCCAAGCCCACCCCGGAGGAGGGACCCCCGGAGCUGAACCGCCAGAGCCCCAAUUCUUCUUCGGCGGCAGCAUCGGUGGCGUCUCGGCGCGGGACGCACGGCGGCUUAGUGGCAGGGCUGCCCAACCCAGGGGGUGGCGGAGGCCCCCAGCUCACCGUGCCCCCCAACCUGCUGCCGCAGACGCUGCUUAAUGGCCCGGCCAGCGCUCCGGUGCUGCCUCCGCCGCCGCCUCACGCCCUGGGCAGCCGUGGGCCCCCGACGCCUGCGCCCCCGGGGGCCCCCGGGGGCCCCGCUUGCCUCGGUGGUGCCCCCGGCGUUUCGGCCGCCUCGUCCUCCGCGGCGUCCUCGACUUCGUCGUCGGUGGCCGAGGUGGGCGUGGGUGCUGGCGGCAAGAGGCCCGGCUCUGUGUCGAGCACCGACCAGGAGCGCGAGCUGAAGGAGAAGCAGCGGAACGCCGAGGCCUUGGCGGAGCUGAGCGAGAGCCUGCGCAACCGCGCGGAGGAGUGGGCCAACAAGCCCAAGAUGGUCCGCGACACGCUGCUCACGCUGGCCGGCUGCACGCCCUACGAGGUGCGCUUCAAGAAGGACCACUCGCUGCUGGGCCGCGUCUUCGCCUUCGACGCCGUCUCCAAGCCCGGCAUGGACUACGAGUUGAAGCUGUUCAUCGAGUACCCCACGGGCUCGGGCAACGUGUACUCCAGCGCCUCCGGGGUGGCCAAGCAGAUGUACCAGGACUGUAUGAAGGACUUCGGCCGGGGUCUCUCCUCCGGCUUCAAGUACUUGGAGUAUGAGAAGAAGCACGGUUCCGGGGACUGGCGCCUCCUUGGAGACCUGCUGCCCGAGGCCGUGCGCUUCUUUAAGGAGGGCGUGCCCGGCGCCGACAUGCUGCCCCAGCCCUACCUGGACGCCAGCUGCCCCAUGCUGCCCACGGCCCUGGUGAGUCUAAGCCGCGCCCCCAGCGCACCCCCGGGGACCGGGGCCCUGCCGCCCGCCACCCCCUCGGGCCGGGGCGCAGCCGCCAGCCUGCGCAAGAGGAAGGCGUCCCCGGAGCCUCAGGACUCCGCCGAGGGCGCGCUGAAGCUGGGCGAGGAGCAGCAGAGGCAGCAGUGGAUGGCGAAUCAGAGCGAGGCCCUCAAGCUCACCAUGUCGGCCGGGGGCUUCGCGGCGCCGGGGCACGCGGCAGGGGGCCCGCCCCCGCCACCCCCACCCCUGGGACCCCAUUCCAACCGGACCACCCCGCCCGAGUCAGCCCCUCAGAACGGCCCGUCGCCCAUGGCCGCCCUCAUGUCGGUGGCAGACACACUGGGCACGGCGCACUCGCCCAAGGACGGCAGUUCGGUGCACUCCACCACGGCCUCCGCGCGGCGCAACAGCAGCAGCCCCGUGUCACCGGCCUCCGUACCUGGGCAGCGCCGCCUGACGUCGCGGAACGGGGACCUGAGUUUACAGGUGGCGCCCCCGCCGCCUAGCACCCACCCGGGCAUGGACCAAGUGCAUCCCCAAAACAUUCCGGAUUCCCCUAUGGCCAACAGCGGGCCCCUCUGCUGUACCAUUUGCCACGAACGUUUGGAGGACACGCAUUUCGUCCAGUGCCCCUCCGUUCCCAGCCACAAAUUCUGCUUCCCUUGCUCUAGAGAGAGUAUCAAGGCCCAGGGGGCUACCGGCGAGGUGUACUGCCCCAGCGGAGAGAAAUGCCCGCUAGUUGGGUCGAAUGUACCUUGGGCCUUCAUGCAGGGCGAAAUCGCGACGAUCUUAGCUGGGGAUGUUAAAGUGAAAAAGGAGAGAGACCCUUGAACCAGGAGAUAACCACCCCGUUUGCCCCAGACCAGCUCCUCUCCUGUCCAGAGGGCCCCUUCCCAACCCCAUUGACCGCCCCCCACCCCUUCGCUGCCCAAGAUGUAGAAUUGUGAAUAUAACAAACUGCAAAAAGUUAGUCUUAUGUAUAGACAUUAUUUUCGUCGUAUGUUUCUAUAUUUUGAAACAAAGGUAUGUUAACUUCUUCAUUUGAAGGAUAAGCUGGUUUGUGUUAAGUAUAAUAAUUGGUUGGGUCAUUUGCAUCAUAUUCGUUAGCAUUUAUUGGUGGCAGAGUGUUUGCCUAGGUACAGAAGUAAUAGCCCUUAGCAACGACUGCUGCUGGUGUGUAUUUUUGUAAAUGUUAUGCACUCACAGAAAGGAAAAAAAAAAACACAAAAGAAAAUGACUUUUUUUUUUUUUGCCAAGGCCAGUGUUGCUGCCUAAAAAAAAAUGAUGCUAUAAAAUGGUGAGAGCUUCUUUCUGAACAGCCCCAAGUGUUGACGUCUUCACUUUAUUUUGUUCAGUUUUGUUCUGUUGUGUUUUGUUUUUUUUUUUUUUUCUGUUUCCUUUGCAAAAUGGUAAGGGGGGUGUUGGGGGGGUGGGUGUUUUUUGUUGCAAGUUGGUGAGGGAAAAUGUUUUUUGGUUUGUUUCUACUGACCUGAAUGUGUUGGAUCUUCACGUGUUGUUUUGUUUUUGCUUUAUUGAUGCACGGAUGCUUUUUGAACAGUAGAGCGAAAUGCUAGACAUGGAGAAUCUGCUCUGUUCGUCCUUUAUACAUUUCUGUAGUUAACAGAACACUGUAAUGUGCCUUGGAGCUUAGUAACUUGUAAUAAAUUCAAUUGAUAUUAA